AUGAUCUCCUCAAGAAUGGUGGGACGAGUGCAUUGCAUGGUUUAUGUCGUGGUCUUGAGUGCCAUCGCGGCUACAGUGAGAGCAUAUCCUUACUCCUCCCCUCAAACACCCCAAUACAGUUCUCCGGUUUACAAACACGAAUCACCUUAUUCAUCACCUAAAAAGUAUUCUCCAUACUAUUCGGCAUCACCUCCAACUCCACUACAAUAUAGAAGACAAGGUCCUAAGCACACCCCACAUUCGAAACCAUAUGUUUACACAUCUCCACCACCACCGACUUACUACUCCCCUUCUCCUAAAGUAGACUACAAGUCGCCACCUCCACCAUACGUCUACAGCUCCCCACCACCACCUUAUUACUCUCCUUCUCCUAAGGUCGACUACAAGUCUCCACCUCCCCCAUACGUCUACAGCUCCCCACCACCACCUUAUUAUUCUCCAUCCCCAAAGGUCGACUACAAGUCUCCACCACCACCAUACGUCUACAGCUCCCCACCACCACCUUAUUACUCUCCUUCCCCAAAGGUUGAUUACAAGUCUCCACCUCCACCAUAUGUCUACAGCUCCCCACCGCCACCAUAUUACUCUCCUUCCCCAAUGGUCAACUACAAGUCUCCACCUCCACCAUACGUGUACAGCUCCCCACCACCACCUUAUUACUCUCCUUCCCCAAAGGUCGACUACAAGUCUCCACCUCCACCAUACGUCUACAGCUCCCCACCACCACCUUAUUACUCUCCUUCUCCUAAGGUUGACUACAAGUCUCCACCUCCCCCAUACGUCUACAGCUCCCCACCACCACCUUAUUAUUCUCCAUCCCCAAAGGUCGACUACAAGUCUCCACCACCACCAUACGUCUACAGCUCCCCACCAGCACCUUAUUACUCUCCUUCUCCUAAGGUCGACUACAAGUCUCCACCUCCCCCAUACGUCUACAGCUCCCCACCACCACCUUAUUAUUCUCCAUCCCCAAAGAUCGACUACAAGUCUCCACCACCACCAUACGUCUACAGCUCCCCACCACCAACUUAUUACUCUCCUUCCCCAAAGGUUGAUUACAAGUCUCCACCUCCACCAUAUGUCUACAGCUCCCCACCGCCACCAUAUUACUCUCCUUCCCCAAAGGUCAACUACAAGUCUCCACCUCCACCAUACGUGUACAGCUCCCCACCACCACCUUAUUACUCUCCUUCCCCAAAGGUCGACUACAAGUCUCCACCUCCACCAUACGUCUACAGCUCCCCACCACCACCUUAUUACUCUACUUCCCCAAAGGUCAACUACAAGUCUCCACCUCCACCAUACGUGUACAGCUCCCCACCACCACCUUAUUACUCUCCUUCCCCAAAGGUCGACUACAAGUCUCCACCUCCCCCAUACGUCUACAGCUCCCCACCACCACCUUAUUACUCUCCUUCUCCUAAGGUUGACUACAAGUCUCUACCUCCACCAUAUGUCCCGAAGACACCUUACUAUUGAAUUGGUUUGUAACCUUGCAUGGUUGCAAUAAUUAUUUUCUUAUGGAUUUUGUCCCUUGUUACACCCUUUUUCUUAUAUUGUGAUUUGAGUCUUCUGAAUUUAUUUUUUGUUACACUAUCUCUUGAAGAUUUUAUGUAACCAAUAAAUUUUUA